AUGGGUAGUGCCAUGGCGUCAAAUCUCCAGAAUUAUCUUCAUGCUCAGGGACAACUGCCAUUGCGGUUCUGGAAUCGCACUGCCUCUAAAGGCGAGGCUUUGACGAGUCUUGGUGGAAUUCAUUGCGACUCCAUCGCGGACGUGGUCAGGGACAGUGGGAUCAUCUUCAUCUCGACUAGUAACGACGAAGCACUGCAGACCAUCGUUGCGCAAAUCAUCUCGGCUGGAAAUCUGACCGACAAGAUCAUUGUGGACACAACGACCGUCCUUCCAGAUACAAGCAAGGCUGUUUCAGCCAGGUUGGCACAGGAAAAUGCCUUUCUGGUGUCGGGCCCUGUAUUUGGCUCUGCCCCAAUGGCCGCAGAGCGAAAGAUCCUGAUGGUGGCUGCCGGAGCUCGCUGCACGAUACACCGAAUAUCCCCGUACAUCAAAGAUGUGAUAGCUCGUGAUAUGAUUGAGGUAGCAGACGAGCCAGAAAAGGCAUCCCUGCUGAAAAUAAUUGGGGCUAAGCAAAAUGCAAGGAACUUCCUCGUAUCCGGUCUGACGGAAAUCAUCGGUGAAGCUCAAGUCCUUGCGGAAAAGAGCGACCUGGGUACUGGGGUAGUCGAGAAGUUGCUAGAAGCCCAGUUUGGACCUCUGCCGACCAUGAUUUCCAAGCGGUUGACCCAGGGCGUAUAUAUGCCGCCCAAGGAUCUGGCUCUAAAAGAUGUUCGCCACGCCAUUGAAUGUGGCGCUGUGGUGGAGACUAAAUUGCCAGUCGGGGAAGUCGUUCUGGAGCAUCUCAAACGUGCCAAGGUCUUUUCUCAGGAGCAGGAUCGGCAGUUGGACUCGGCGGCUUCGUACGGUAUCAUUAGAUGCGAUGCAGGUCUAGACUUUGAGAAUGAGUUUGUGAAAAGGAGGGAUGCAUAG